ACACUGCUCAUGCUUCCGGUUGAUAUUUAUAACAACAUGUUGACCCUUAGGUCUUCAUAUCCCAGAUGGGGGUGGAGGGUCCUAUAUAUAGAGGCAGUACUCAGUAACAUCACUUCCUGAAUCCGGAGGGAAAAAAUGUAUCAAAAUAUAUGAUCAUACACCAGGAAUGUGAUCAACAUUUACAGUUAUAUACAAUAUUCAAUUUGGAUAUUUUGAAACUAUAAAAAAAAAUGUUUGCCUCCUGGGAGCAGCAGGGUGCGGCUUURUGUUUUCCAUUGAUAUAUUUAGCAAAAAAAAAUAUUUUCAGGAGCUUAGCAUUCAUUUACAGCUGAGAACUCUGUUUACAAAAGCUUUCAACGAAACGUCAUCACAUAAUGAUAUGCUCUCCACCAAUCAAACGUUUACGUCGUGUGAACACGAAGUGUCACCAGAACAAGGAAUAAAGCUGUGAAGGAAAGGUGUACUACAGAGUUGAUGUCACAGCCUCUCCGACCAGGACCAGCAUGACAAGACAAAUCUCUGUUUCUGACAGAAAAUAGGAGAAGAGGCUUUGAGGGUUAUGUGCCACUAAUAUUACUGAGCAAUACCAUAUCUGGACAUCAUGGAGCUUGUAGUGGCCAAGGUCCUUUGCCUUCUGGGAGUGUUUGCCCUCAUGUUGGCUGGGAUUCUUGUCCCAGUGCGACUCAUGAUUCAGGUGGACUAUGAAAAAGCACAAAGGUACAGGAAGGCUCUUGCACUCUGCAAUUCUUUUGGAGGGGGUGUAUUUCUGGCCACUUGCUUCAAUGCUCUUUUGCCUGCCGUACGAGACAAGGUGGAUGAGGUCCUUAAACUGGUGAAUAUCACCACAGACUACCCACUGGCAGAGACCAUGAUGAUGCUGGGCUUCUUCCUCACAGUCUUUGUGGAGCAGGCAGUGCUCACCUUCAAGAAGGAGAAGCCAUCUUUCAUUGACCUGGAAACGUUCAACGCAAGGGGCUCAGAGGCUGGUAGCGACUCUGAGUACGAAGCUCCAUUCAUCUCCCCCACCCGGGGCUCCCCUGUGGGCCGCCACCACCACCAUGGGCAUCACCAUGGACACCUCAGCCCCACCGAGCUGGCCAGAGCUGGGCCUCUACGGCUGGCCAGCCUGGUCCUGGCUCUCUCUGCCCAUUCUGUGUUUGAGGGACUGGCGCUGGGCCUCCAGGAGGACGGGGCCAAGCUUGGAAGCCUCUUCCUGGGGGUGGGCAUCCACGAGACCCUGGCUGCUGUGGCUCUGGGGGUGAGUGUUGCCAAAGCUGCUUUGCCCAUGAGGGAUGCCAUCAAACUGGGUGUGACGGUCAGCCUCAUGAUCCCCAUUGGCAUCGGACUGGGCAUGUGCAUCAAUAGUGCCCAGAACCUGGCAGGCAGUAUUGCAUCGGUGGUGCUCCAAGGCCUGGCUGCUGGUACUUUCCUCUUUGUCACCUUCUUUGAGAUCCUGUCUCGGGAGCUGGAGGAUAAACAUGACAGACUGCUUAAGGUGCUCUUUCUCAUACUGGGCUAUGGUGUUCUAGCAGGCCUAAUGUUCAUCAAAUGGUGAUGGAAGGAAGAAGCAUUUUAAUGCAAUGAGUUGUCUGAUUAUCACACUGACCACAAUUUGUAUUGUGUGCACAUCAGCACUACCAAAGUAAAUGUUUUAUUUGGUAAAGGGGAACAGUAAAUCAAGUAUCAUAGUUUGCUUACCAAGUCAUAUUUAGGAAAUGUGCUACUUGCAAUGAUAUGUUACUGAUAUUAACAUAUUGAUGUUUGUGGUUGAAGGAUAUAAUGGUGGUUAGUAUGAAGUGGUUCAUAUGGUCCCCUGUCUGGUCUAUGUACCUGCUGUUUCCAUAAUCAGUAAGCUAUGUGUUAAAAUAUGUGCAUAUUUCAAUGUACAAUUUUCAUAUGAAAACAUUUUGUUUUGUUUUUGUCUGUUGGGGUAAGUGUUUCCUAGAAUGAAUAGCCCAAUACGGAGUUGAGAGAAAAUGUGUGCAAGACUUUUGCGUUAAAUCGUUCGUUGAAUUCAAGUCAGAAUACCUUCCUAAUUGUGUAAUUUUAGUUGGAUACUUUAGCGUUUUAACAAUUAUUACCCUAACUCCCUAAUCAAAUAAGAGUCAAUUCACUGGAAACCGUUUGUGUAACCUGGUGUAUGGUCCUGAUAUUUGUCACAUUGAGAUUAUAUCCAUGGUUUCCUUAUCAAGAUGCUAUUUUUUUAGUUUUUAGGUUUAUGUUAACAGGGAGUCAUAUUGAGACCCAUGUCUCUCUUUAUGAAUUAUGGGGUAUAGAAAUUAUAUCAGCAGUGGAGUCUGUCUAUUUUUGUUAUUUAUUCGUCUUUGCCACAGUUAGCUUUGACAGAUCAUUUUACACAGCUUAGAGGAAUUCCAUUUUCACCUAAAUAUGUUUUUUAUUUUUAUUUUUUAUUUGUGAAAAAUGUUUUUCUCCUAAUGUGAAUGUGUAGUACGUAACAUGUUUUGCAGAAGACACUUACUGGAGGAAGCCUACUGUAAAAGGUACAUUUGUAUUGUUCAACCCUUAUUGUGCUCCCUAAAAUCUACAUAAGAUCAGUUGUUCAAAUGUAUAGUAGGGCAGUUAUAUAUUGAAUGUGUCCAUAUCAAUUUGUGCUUUUAGGGUCUUAAAACAAAAGGAAACUUUCAUUAUUGCGAAAAUAGUUUUAAUGCAAUGAUGUCUUAUAUUCAGUGGCAACCAGCUUUCCUUUAUAUAAUGAACAGUGAAAUGCAAAUAAGUUAUGACUUCUAUUACAACAUGGGGUAGGUGAUGGUUAAAUACUUUAUUUAUAUGAAAACUGUUUGCAAUGUUGUGACAAAUGUUUCUCUUAAACUAUUUUUAUAUAUACUGUAUAUUACAUGUUUUGGCGGUGAGGUUUUCCGUUUUAAUUUGAUUGAAUUGAGCAUUAAAGAAAACCUUAC